CACAACGUCAGUAUAUUCAAAAUUUUUAUGUUAAUCGGUACACAUUUACCCGCUAAAUUUUAAAUGAAAUUUUCCCCAUUAUAAAUCUAAAAUUCGAAGUCCAUUCCAAAUUAUAGUAAUUGAUAUUUUCGCGUAAGAAAAUGGCAGCAGGAUCUCUAAUAGACACGUUGAGAAACGUCUUGUGCCAAAUAGACGGCACGUGCUGCCCGCCCCCGAGUUGCGGCUCGCCGUGCUGCGGGCCGAUGGUAUCGGGCGUUGGGCCCGUCAUCGAGAUUUACGACCCCCUGCCGAAGCCCAUGAUACCCAUCUGCACGCCUUACAUAGCGCCCUGCGGUGGUGUAGCGCCUUGUAAAGGCGGUCCAUGUCCACCGUGCUGUCCCCAGCCCUGUUGUCCCGGCAUGGUGCCGUCCCCGGUGACCCCGCCGCCCUGUGUGCCGCUCAUCGCGAAGCCCCCGUGCCCGCCAGCGAUCAUCCCCACACCGCCUACUAUAGUGCCGGUAUCGCAGAUUGUGCCGGUGGUUCCCAGGCCGCCGAUGCCGGUGCCGUGUCCGCCGCCCGUGCCGUGCGUCAGACCGUGCCCGCCGCCUGUUUGCCCUCUACCGUGUCCGCCGCCUUGCGCUCCUUGUUGCGGACCGCCGUGCGGCCCCGUUACGGCCCCCCUGCCUGUUUGCCCGCCUCCUACUUGUCCGCCAGCUUGUUGUCCACCUUUCUACGGUCCCUGCGGACCUUGCGGUCCUUGUUGAUAGUCGCGUAGGUGUUUAGUAGGAGUUUCUAAGAAAAUUCUACUCUAAAAGUGCUUUUUUAUUGUACCAAACUUAUUUUUUGUAACAAGAAAAUUUUUCUAUAAAAUCGAGGUUUUA